GCGUCAUAUAUGAUGAAAUCAGGCGGUGUGGUCGUAUAAUUGCAGCACAUCAAAAGUUGGAGAGCAAAACAAGAUCCUUCAAAGGUCUCCAAGGGUCACAACAGAAUACACAGGUUCUAGUUUUGUCAGAGUAAAUACAUGUACAUUUCUGCAAAUAUCUUAUUGGGGUUGGCACUGUAUGUGUAUGAGUACUUGUUACAUGUAGGAGCCCAGAAGUCGGCACAGACGUUCCUGUCAGAGAUAAGAUGGGAGAAGAACAUAACGUUAGGAGAACCUCCAGGAUUCCUACAUUCAUGGUGGUGUGUAUUCUGGGAUUUAUAUUGUGCUGCACCUGAGAGGAGAGAAACCUGUGAGCAUUCCAGUGAAGCCAAGGCAUUCCAUGACUAUAGUGCCGCAGCAGCUCCCAGUCCUGUCCUUGGAAACAUGGGCCCGGGUGAGGGUAUGCCGGUUGGGCCUGUUCCUCCGGGCUUCUUUCAGCCUUUCAUGUCAUCACGUUACCCUGGUGGUCCCAGACCUCCUCUCAGAAUACCCAAUCAGGCUUUAGGUGGCGUCCCUGGAAACCAGCCGUUAUUACCCAGUGGUAUGGAUCCAUCAAGACAACAAGGUCAUCCAAAUAUGGGCGGAGCUAUGCAGAGGAUGACUCCGCCCAGAGGGAUGGUUCCUUUAGGUCCACAGGGAUAUGGAGGAGGAAUGAGACCUCCGCUCAAUGCUCUGGGAGGUCCUGGAAUGCCAGGAAUGAACAUGGCUCCUGGAGGCAGACCGUGGCCAAAUCCACCCAACUCAAACUCAAUCCCAUACUCAUCAGCGUCUCCGGGGAGUUACGUGGGUCCGCCGGGAGGAGGAGGAGGACCACCAGGUACUCCCAUAAUGCCCAGCCCUGCAGAUUCAACAAACUCUGGAGAGAACAUGUACACAAUGAUCAACACUGUGCCACCUGGAGGAAACCGACAAAAUUUUCCACUGGGUCCGGGUGGUGAAGGUCCAAUAGGUGGAAUGGCAGGAUUGGAGCCGCAUCACAUGAACGGAUCAUUAGGCUCGGCUGACAUGGACAGUAUGCCCAAGAAUUCUCCAGGAACACUGAGCAUGAGCAAUCAGCCCGGAACACCGCGAGAUGACGGCGAGAUAAGCGGAAACUUCCUCAACCCCUUCCAGAAUGAGAGCUAUUCUCCAAACAUGACCAUGAGUGUGUAAGAUGUCAUUCACAUGAUGAUGAUGAUGAUGAUGGACUCAUGUAAGCGCGCUGUAGCCAGACCUCUGAAGCACAUGGGUCAAAUCCUCCUCUUUCCAUUUGCUUUAUUUGUAAAGAUCGCAUCCUCAACCACAUCCAGCAUGGUUCAGUUUGGUCUCUCGCUGUGACGAGAACAAUCUGUCUAUAUAAUCUUUGUGUACAUACUGAAUGUGACCCUGGACAACAAAACCAGUCUUAUGGGUCAAUUUUUCUAAUGAUUUAUACAAAUCAUAUGAUCUGAAAGCUGAAUACAUAAGCUUUCCAGUGAUGUAUGCUUUGUUAGGAGAGGAGAUACAACGAUUUAAAAGACUGGAAUCUGAGGGUGCAAAAAGAUCCAAAUAUUGUGACAAGCACCUUUAAAGUUGUCCAUCAGAGGUGCUGUAGCAGGCCGUUGUUAAGAAGAAACAGGUUUGUUUAAACGCUCUCUAUGGGCUUCUACCGCUGUAUUGGCGUUGUGGAGAGCAGAUGAACCUGAAAGCUUUACGUAGAGACCAAACUUGAGUGGGUCAUUCCCAAAGAGCGGGCAGCAGUGAGUGAAGUUUGUAGGUGUGUUUUUUGUUCGCCAUUUUGCUGCAUCCACUCACAAAAAUAAAGUUUUGAUAAAUUUACGGUAGGAAAUGUACAAAAUAUCGUCAUGGAACAUGAUCUUUACUUCAUAUCCUAAUGAUUUUUUUUUUUUACGAUUUGUUUUUGGCGUUUUUGCCUUUAAUUGUACAGCUUAGUUCGUUAGAGAGGACAGGAAGCGAAGUGGGAGAGAGAAGGGGGUGGGUUCAGGAAAGGACCACAAGACAGGAAUCGAACCCGGGUCGCCCGAUGCGCAACCGCACCACAUGUCGGAGCACUGCCCACUAGGCUAUCGGCUCCGACUAUCCUAAUGAUUUUAUGCAUGGGUCAAAAUGAUCUAAUUUUCUUUUAUGCCCAGUUUUGUUGGCUUUUGCCACAAAUAUAGCCGUGCUACUUAUAGGGUUCCGACUCUUCUUGAAAGUGCUUGAAAGUAUUUGAAUUUCAGACAUCUGAAUUCAAGGAAUGGAAAGUAUUUAAAUACAGACAUGGGAUGUUUUGUAGUUGCAUUGCACUGUUAUUAAUAUUGGGGGCAUGGGCUUAAAUCCCGGGGGGACGGAGGGGACACGUCCCCCCCAUCCGAGGGUUGUCCCCCCAAAUUAUUAAAAAUCGCACUGUCUGUUGUGAAAAAUAUAAUUAUGUAUACCUAAAAUUGUAAGUAGAAAAAAAAAUACAGACGCAAAAAAAUGUGCUUCAAGUUUAGAAACAGUUGAGUUCCCCGUCCCCUGCCUCACAGUGGUUUGGCCCACUGCUUGCUUUGCCCGUUGCUGAUUACCAAUGUAUUUUUCCAUGAAUCUGUUAUGUUAGCGAUUAAAACAUUACUUAGCUUGUUAACGUUAGCGUUGCACACUGUAACUAACAUGCCGAAGCCGUUUCCCAUGCAUUGUUUUAUUUGUGGCGACCUGGCAUAAUGUUAACAUUAACGGCCACAAUUAGCCACCGAUCCUUGCCAUUCAGGUCCCGUGUCACACACAGUCGCGCACAUACCAGUGACAGUUUAGUGACUUUGGCACUGUAUUUAGCGAAGUUCAGACCCCUUUUGUUUACAAAAGGUGCACAGCUUUCAUUCAGUUGGAAAAGGUCGUUUUCUCAGCAUCUAUUUUGUGCAGCGUGUGCGCGGCGGAUAAAGUAAACAUUCAGUUGACUGAAACGCGACGAUUCAUCAACGAGUACAACACAGAAUUUAAGCAUCUGUCACUGUUACUGACUGUUUGGCUACACGAACAUGAACAUUGAUGGCUUGAUUGUAAACAACUUAAAAACAUUGCAAUAAAUAGUUUUGAAGAAAAAUCAGCUUUUUCAUUGAACCAGAGAGAAACUUGGAAAAUAACCAUAAUGACGCAGUGUCCAUGCUACAAUAAUGGGUAACACUUUACAAUAAGGUGCUAUUAGUUAACAUUAGUAAAUGCAUUAGCUAACAAUGAACAAUUUCGUUUUUCAGCAUUUAUUAAUCCUUGUCAAUGUUAGUUCAUGUCAAUACAGCUAUUCAUGUUAGUUCAUGGUGCAUUAACUAAUGUUAACAGUGACAACGUUUGAUUUUAAUAAUGUAUUUAUAAAUGCUGAAAUUAACAUGUAGUAAUAUUAAUAAAUGCUGUAGAAGUAUUGUUCGUUGUUAGUUCAUGUUAGCUAAUGCAUUAAAUAAUUGUUAACAAAUAGCACCUUAUUGUAAAGUGUUACCCAAUAAUGAAAUAGUAGCAAUGCCUUCCUCUGUGUUCACAUAUCCUUAUAAGUACAAUUUUGACUGUGUUAUUUGUGUCCCCUUCAAAAAUUGCUCUUGAGAAAUUUUAUGUUUAUUGUCCCCCCUACUGUUUUUUCUGAAAUUUACGCCCAUGAUUGGGGGAAAGCGGAUGGAUCGUGAUCAUGUGCAGAGUUAUUUAACUCGCUCAAUGCCAGAGAAGUGAAAAUUAAACGAUGCUUGAGCUAUAGUAAAAUAUGGUUUAUGUUACAACAAGUGUGUAUUUGAUAAGAUGUGGAGUACACCAGCAGGUUAUGCAUCAAGCAAACAGUAAAGAUCAUCAUAUACAGUCAAGCAUAUGUUGCAUUAAGCCACUGCUAAAUAAGUUUCUUUUCAACUAUGUUCAUUUCAAGAAGAAUUGUAUUAGUUUUCAUUAUUCUCGUCAGUAAAUGUGCCUUAAGAGUUUGAAUUGUUGUUAGGAUGUUGAGAAACACUGAAAUGCUAGCUAGAUAGCAUUGGUUUAGUGAAAAGGAAAAGAUGCUCCCAGCAGUGUUAUCUGUUGCAGUAAUGAACUUUUGCUGUGUGUUUGGGCGGAGGUUUGGCUAUUUGAGCUCGCUGUGUCUGAAGUCGCUCAGUCAUUUCUGAUCAAGUUCACCAUAUCAGCAGAGAUAGAACGAAAUGUUUGAAUGCUGGUGUAUUCCUGCAUGCAUCAGAGGUCUGUAUCUGUUAGAAACUGCUUUAUACCUUCAGUUUGAAUAUAAGGCCUAGGGUAAUAAUAAUAAUCAUGAUAUCAUCUAUUUUUAUUUACAUUGAUUUUAUAUAAUAUCUUGAAACUUGCCAGAGCACUGUUGUACGCAGAUUGACUGAUGACAUUGAGCGUACAUAGCACCCUCGGGUGACCGUUGAGUACUUGGCACAUUGAAUGCGUAAAUAAAUAAAUUGAAAAUAAAAAUAUUCAAAUGAAAGGCGAAUUCCAAACGGAAGUGAACUCACCUAUGAUGUACUGCCUUUGAAGGGUGAAGCGGAGCUCAUUGAAGGGUGUGCGGCAUAAAGUCAAAUAAUUAUGAAAAAUUAUUUGAGAUUAUAUUUACAAAUGAUUAAACCAAAUUAAACGUUUGUCUUUUGGUUUUUAGGCAAGAAAAAAGUCAACAGGUUUUCCCUGCAGUAGGUUUGCAUUAGUUAUAAAUGGGUUAAUAAAAUAUUUAAAAUCUAUGUAUAAUACAUUCUAUCAUUUACUCUGGAGGCAAGUAGCCAUGUAAUAAGCAGGAUAAUUUACAGCCAGUGGGUUGUCAUGGCAAAAUAAACCCUCACUGUGUGAUGCUCGUCUCCGCUUCAGUCCUGAUCCCACUGUGGGCUUUAUUCUAUCAUGAUAACCGGCUGCAUGUACUGUAUUGGAAUGCAUCCACAGCUUCUAUGAUUUGGCUUAUUUUUCAGUGUGAAUUUUCAAAAUUCCUCACAACAAUGAACAAUUUUCUAAGUCUGACUAUCAAUACCAACUCGAGACGAGACAUUACUCCAGGUAGACAUCAUUAAAACCGAUGCAAACAUUAUUGUGCUUUUUAUUAAAAGAAACUGCAGCUCCCUUUUGUUUAUGGAGAGUCUUGUACUCCCCAAUAUGGCAGCGUUGUUGACCCAAAACAGCAACAGGCCAAAGCCCUCACGCAAUGCACCCUUUGCUAACAGACUUCUGAAAUGGCCCUUUGUGAAGAGAGACAGAUGUUCACUGGUUUGCGACGUCCUUAUAAAUGGUAUCCUUUUCCCAUCGAGGGCUCAAAAACUUGACCAAAAUGUGCUUGAAAAAGUCCUUGAAUUUGGUGUUGAUGAAGGUGCAGGAACCCUGUACUUAAGACUGGUUUUGUGCUCCAGGAUCACAAACAGUAUGGAGGUGUACAUAUAACAUUACAUGUGCAUGUAUGAAAGGAGAUAUAUUGAGCGUUGUAUGAGCUUGAAAGAGGUGCAGAGAAAGAUUUUAGACUUGAAGUGUUUUGUGUGGCUUUUUUGCCUUUAUCUGUGAGAGGAAGUGACAGGAACAGUGAGAGGAAGUGACAGGAAGCGAAGUGGGAGAGAGAAGGUGGUGGGAUUGGAAAUCGAACCCGGGUCGCCCUAAACGCAGCCGCGCCACGUGUCGGCGCACUGCCCACAUGGCUAUCGGCUCUGACAAGGGCUUGUUUUUUUAACUAAAACAGCUCACACAUUUUCAUUAAAUUAUUGUAGGAGAAACAGAUGGAAGCAGAUUUAAUGAUCUCCACACAGAAUCCGAACGAUAAAACAGAUUCCCGAGAGCUCGCUGUACCAGAUCAUCAUGUCUUUAUCAUUGAUGACAGAGACACGUCGUGAUUUGGAAACUUGUUUAUAUUUCUGACGUCUGUAAUUUAUCAUGUCAUACAACAUGCAUCCUUGAGACAUCUGUGCUCUUUUAAUGCCGUCCAAUCAAAUCUCAAGGUUUUAUUUGUAUAUAUUUCAGAAUAGAAGAUGAAUUGUUCAGGAUGAUGCCUAAGAAGAACAGCCAUUCCAUGUGUAAACUUACUAAAAUCCAUCCUGAAAUACUCUUAUUCUGCACAAUUCUGCCAUGUGAACUGAACUGAAGAACGUUUGCAUCAGUUAACAAAUAUUCAUUGUUCAACCACUAAUGUUUUGAACAUAUCAUGAUUUGCCUCUUUGUACAUCUUCUUUGUGAAAAUCUUGUUGCAUGAGUGAAAAAGGAGAGGAUUUCAUGAAUGGAUGAUGAAGAGCGUGCAGAUUCAUGAAAUAACCUUAAUUAUACAUCUGUCAUUGUGUCACCCGGACAAACUGUGAUUUGCUUUGCCUUUUUUUUUAAGUGAAAUUAUUAUUGCAUUGAGUUCUUAAAAAUAGAUAUGUGGAUUUUUUUGUCGCUUGGAAUCUGCGUGAAUUAUUUAAAAUGAUGUUGUAUAAACUACAAUAUCUUGAGAUGUAUGAUUUUUGUGUUCAUUUGUAAUAACAUUCUGCCUGAGAUCCUGUCAUUUUCAUUUGAUGUUUCCUUUUUUGAGAUUGUGAAGUGUUUAUUUUCUACCUUGUGUUGACUUUUGUAAAUACACAGAGAUGUUUUUGAAUAUACUGAUAUAAAGCUUCUCAUUGCUGUU